AUGAAGCCAGAGAGCAGAGAGAGAGGUGAAGUUUAUGCUGUCCAAGCCAAGGACAGAUGCACAGCACACAGACUUCCUGCUCUGACCCUGUCCUAGACCCAAGGUCUAUCUGAUGAAGCCUUCUAGCUCAGAGCCACUGAUCUCAAUGCUGUGGACAAUGACAAAGGAUCCAGUGGCCUCCUUCUGUUGGACCUUAGUUUAGUCCAUGGCUGAUGUUCUCCCUGUCUUCCUUUCUACUGCAGUACAGUAAGAUGACGCUGUUGGUACUCUCUGAGUUGUUAUGAAGGGUUUCUGUCUCAGUCCCCCCUACCCUGGUUUUUAUAGAUGCUUACACUGGAAUGCUGGUGCUAACAUAUUUGCAUAAUGAUGUUAUGCUACAUUUAAUCGGCUUAUGAUGUAGUUCCACAACAAAGGUGUGAAUGAGGUCUGGCUAUCAGUUCAGAUGAAAGGUCAUUUUAAAGGGGUAUUGUACUGUAAUGGGACAGUAAAGGGAAAUCCGCUGUAGUCAAUUACAGAUUAUACUGUCUCGUGUGAAAAUAAUACACUUUACUCUUUUUUUGUGUGUUUAUGGAAAUCCUUCUGUUUUUUGUUUAAACCCUGUCUGAAACCACAGAGUAUUCUAUGUGUUCUGUUUUGGAGAUUAGGGGGGAUUUCAGUAGUCAGCUGCCAUGGUAGAGAACAGUUGUGUUGGGGGGUUAACCCUCUCUCCACCUCUGACCCCGAGGCAUAGGACAGCUAGUAUCAGGGUCUGUAUCUCACAGAUUACAGGUGUUGACUAGUGACAAAUGGGACACUGCUCAGCUGCAAGCCAGUGGAUCAUCGUUCAUCCUGUCAUUGUCCCCAAGAGUUACAGGGCAUCGGCUUGAAGGAGCCAUUAUUGUGAUUGAUGGAUCGUUGUGUGUGUAUGGACCUAUGUUGAACUCAAUAUACUGCUGGUUGUGUCUAAGAAAACAACAGCAACCAUGGAACUCCACUCCACACAUUGAGAGAGAGAGAUCUGUGAUGUUCAAUUCUGUGUGUUUGCCUUGUUGCAGGAAGUGGAUUUGUACAGAGCCAACAUCCAGGACAAGCUUGGUUUGACUGUCUGCUACAGGACUGACGAUGAGGACGAGACUGGGAUCUACGUCAGUGAGGUAUGUAGCACACCUAUAGCCAUGGCCAGAUACACACAUAAUUUUUGUGUUGGUUAAAGUGGUUAUACACGAGAAAGAAACGAGACAAGCCCUUUCCUUGGUGCCCCCUCCCUGGUAUACUGUUGUCACGGUUAGGAUGUAAAGAAGAAAAAGUAAUAAUGGGUGCUGGUUGGAUACAACUUCAUUUAUCAUCUUGUGGUCACUAUAGUAACAGACAGAACACAACCUGAGUUAAGAAUAUCAAAACCUGCAGAAAAUAAUUCUCAGAACUUUGUUUCUUUAUGCUGUGUCUUUCCUCUGUGACUGAAAGUCUGCUUGAAAUGAAAACAUGCCCUGCUCUAUUUCCUUAGAUUGACCCAAACAGCAUCGCUGCAAAGGAUGGCAGGAUCAGAGAGGGAGAUAGAAUUAUCCAGGUAAGGAUAAACACUCUCAAUACUUACAAGGAACUUUAUAAUAAUAUAUUAUGCAUUACCUUUUUGGAGCCCGACUCUGAUUCCAUUCCUCCUCUUCUUUUCUCCAUUUAGAUCAAUGGAAUUGAGAUCCAGAACCGAGAGGAUGCUGUGGCUUUGUUGACCAGUGAGGAGAAUCAGAAUGUGUGCCUACUGGUGGCCAGACCAGAGAUCCAGGUAAACUCACCACCCACCUCCUAGACCCUCUCUAGUACUAGGCAUGUAUAGACUGUAUUAGUCUGUUUCCUGAGUUGUACUGUAGCCUUAAUUGGCAGAGACUAACGUCCUCCUCCCUCUCCCUCCUCCUCUCUCUUGUCCCCUGUGUCCCAGCUGGAUGAGGGUUGGAUAGAUGACGACAGGAACGACUUCCUGGAUGACCUCCACAUGGACAUGCUGGAGCAGCAGCACCACCAGGCCAUGCAGUUCACCGCCAGCAUGCUGCAGCAGGUACGGUACAGCAGCCAGCAUAGAGCACUGUAGACACACACAGUACACACAGCCUGAGUCAACAAGAUGGCUCGAUCAAUCACAGAUUCACAUAUGCUCACCUGCAUGUUGCUGAAGAUGAGCCAAUUCCAGACAGGGUAACAUAUGCUCAGUUACCAUAAUGGCCCACAUUACUUUACAUACUGAAAUGUAGUAGCAGUGAUGUGGUUAGGUUCACAUAGUCAAUAAUAAGUACAGAGAAAACUCAUCUAAUAAUGUGUGUUAAAAGGUUAUUAAAUUAUUAAUCCUAUUGUCUGGUGUUGCAGAAGAAGCAUGAGGAGGAUGGUGGAACAACGGACACAGCCACCCUGUUGUCCAACCACCACGAGAAGGACAGUGGGGUUGGCCGCACCGACGAGAGCACGCGCACCGACGAGAGCACGCGCAAUGACGAGAGCUCUGAGCAGGAGAACCUGGGGGACGACCAGACCACGGCCUCCAACACGCUGGGCAGCCGCAGGAUGCUGACCUAUAGCCAGGACACCCUGGGUAGCACUGACCUGCCCUUCAGCAGUGAGUCCUUCAUCUCUGCAGACUAUGACCAUGCUGACUUCCUGGGUAUCCCCGCCGACGAGUGCGAGCGCUUCCGAGAGCUCCUGGAGCUGAAGUGCCAGGUGAGGAGCGCGGGGGGCCCCCAGGGCCUGUACUGCCAGAGUGCCGGGUCCGGAAGUGCCGAGGAGGGGGUGGACAAGGAGCUGGACAUCCUGAACGAGGAGCUGCGCAGCAUCGAGCUUGAGUGCCUCAACAUCGUCCGGGCCCACAAGAUGCAGCAGCUGAGGGAGCAGUACCGCGAGUCCUGGAUGCUGCACAACAGCGGCUUCCGCAACUACAACACCAGCGUCGAUGUGCGCCGCCACGAGCUCUCCGACAUCAACGAGCUGCCCGAGAAGUCGGACAAGGACAGCUCCAGCGCCUACAACACCGGAGAGAGCUGCCGCAGUACCCCCCUCACCCUGGAGCUGUCCCCAGACAACUCUCUCUGCAGGGGGGCAGAGAACCAGGGCGAGCCCGGGGCCUACAGCAGCACAGGGCUCAACAACAGGAUCCUCAAGCCCCUGCUGUCUCCUGUCCAAGAAUCCGAUGGCCCCAGCAGAAUCAGGCCCUCCUCCUCUAAGGAGUCUGAGUGUGGCCUGCAGGCGGAGGAGACGGAGUGUAAGCUGGGAGAGUCUACUCACAAGCUGGCCCAGCCCCGCUCCCCAUACAAACAUGCCCACAUCCCGGCACACGCCCAGCACUACCAGAGCUACAUGCAGCUGAUCCAGCAGAAGUCUGCCGUGGAGUACGCUCAGAGCCAAAUGAGCCUGGUCAGUCUGGUCAGCCGCAGUGACCCUGUGACCCCCGGAGACAUGCUGGAGCCCAAGAAGGAGUGGAAGGUGAAGAUCCGCAGCGAUGGCACACGCUACAUCACCAAGAGGCCCAUCAGGGACAAGCUGCUGAAGGAGCGCGCCCUGCGUAUCCGCGAGGAGCGCAGCGGCAUGACCACAGACGAUGACGCCAUCAGCGAGCUGAAGAUAGGACGGUACUGGAGCAAGGAGGAGAGGAAGCAGCAUGCGGUGCGCGCCAAGGAGCAGAAGCAGCGCCGCGAGUUCAUGAAGCAGAGCCGCGCUGACUGCCUGAAGGAACAGGCCAGCCUGGAUGACGACAAGAAGGAGCCCAACAUCAUCGAGCUGAGCCACAAAAAGAUGAUGAAAAAGAGGAACAAGAAAAUCUUUGACAAUUGGAUGACUAUCCAGGAACUUUUGACCCAUGGUGCUAAGUCGCCUGACGGCACGCGAGUGUACAACUCCCUCCUGUCCGUCACCACAGUGUAG